AUGCCCGUCUCUGUCCCCAAAGCCGACCGUCUCACCGACCUCUUCAGCCUCAAGGGCAAGGUCGUCGUCGUCACCGGUGCCUCGGGCCCCCGCGGUAUGGGCAUCGAAGCCGCGCGUGGCUGCGCCGAAAUGGGUGCCGACGUUGCCAUUACUUACUCCUCACGAAAGGAGGGCGCCGAAAAGAAUGUCGAGGAGCUGACCAAGGACUAUGGCGUCAAGGUCAAGGCCUACAAGCUGAAUGUCGUUGACUACAAUGAAGUGGAGAAGUGCAUCAACGCCAUUGUCGCCGACUUUGGCCGGAUUGACGGCUUUAUUGCCAACGCUGGCGCCACGGCAGAUGCGGGUGUCAUUGAAGCCCCCGCCGCCGCCUGGGACAAAGUCAUCCAGAUCGACCUCAACGGCACCGCAUACUGCGCCAAGGCAGUCGGCGCUCACUUCAAGAAGCAGGGCAGCGGCUCGUUUGUCAUCACCGCCUCCAUGUCGGGCCACAUUGCCAACUACCCUCAAGAGCAGACGUCAUACAACGUCGCAAAGGCUGGCUGCAUCCACAUGGCACGGUCGCUGGCCAACGAGUGGCGAGACUUUGCCCGUGUCAACUCCAUUUCUCCUGGGUACAUCGACACUGGCCUCUCCGACUUUAUCGACCCCCAGACCCAGGAGUUGUGGCGUUCCAUGAUUCCUCUCGGCCGCAAUGGAUUGGCCAAGGAGCUCAAGGGCGCCUAUGUGUACCUCAUUUCCGAUGCCAGUACUUACACUACCGGGGCGGAUAUUAUCAUUGAUGGUGGAUACACUGUCCGCUAA